GUUCCCAACGCUGAAACCGCCGCUGCGGCAUGGCUCAAGUGAAACUCAGGAUUGCCGUGCAGGGGAUUGCGUAGACGUUAGUCAGAGAUGGCUACAGCUCCACAGAGUAGUCAAAAGCGGAGCCCAGAAGUAGACCUCGCCAGUCAUGACGAGUCAGAGGUUGUGUAUAAGAGCAGCAGGACGUUGGUGACUGCCGAGCAAUCUUCAUCGAGCAGUUGGAGGAUGAAGGGAGCUUAAACGACACAGACGCAGGACAUCUGCCGGAUUUUCCUAGUUGCUCGCAGUGCUUAUGAUCUGAUGUUCUUUCAGGUUUUUUACUGUCUCUUCUUAGUCUGAGCGAAAGAGACAAAUUGCGUUGCGGGCCGGCAACGACCAGCGGAAGCCAACAUGUGAAGUAGCCAAUCGGAAGCGAGGACUGAAGCAGAGCUAUUCGAGGGAGGGACUUCGUUCUUUUGUCUUCGAAAUGACGUUGGGCCGUGGAUUUCUCGAUCGGCACUGUUUCAGUCCUGUGCAAUUGACACAACCAUCGAAGAGUUCCUCCAAGAAUCUUAUGGUGAAGGCUUCGUCUGGAUCUGUCUACUUGGAUGCACCAACAGCAGCGGACUAUGGAAGGAUCCUUGGGAUUGGGCCAAACGCAACUAAAUCAGAGGUGAAGGCCGCUUACCGCAAGCUCGCUUUACAUUGCCAUCCCGACGUUUCUAAAUCUGGUGAAAGUUGCGAAGCGAAGUUCAUAGAAGUGCACAGAGCAUACGAAUCGCUCAUAGCUGUGGCUCCUUCAGUGAAAGGAGAUGAUCCUCGGGUGGCUUGCUUGCAGAGUCUUAUUGACGGUACUCACGUGGAAAUUCCGGAAGAUUACUCAAGGUACUACAGUAACUUGAGGCAGUACUUUAAAGCGAGCCGCAAAACAGGAUACAACUAUUUUCAAGGGAACUGGUAGCUUACAUAUGCUUCAAUGUUAUGGCGGUUGGCACUACCAUAGAAAUCUGGAGCAUUCUUAGGGACAAGUAGCGGUUUGAUGACAAUACUUUGGAUUAGAUCUGAAUGAAAGUCAGCAAUCAACUUGUAAGAUGAAGUCAUUCAUUCAACUUUCUUCAUCCAAAUAAUCAAGAUCAACCACCAAAUCAAUGUAGAUAAAUCAAUAUAGUGUUGCAAUUAGAUUAUGCAACAUUCACUAUUAGCAUAAAGAUGCAUGAUAUUGCUUGUAGCAUCUUGAAUACAAAUUGAGGAUAGUGGCUUGAAGUGUUUUUGCACAAA